GUCGGACCCCUCAUUGUUCAGUUUGUUCAGGUCGAAGAAGAUACUUCGUUCUUCAUCAUCAUUGUCAAAGCCGUUACAGUCAGAUCAAGUGGAUCCGAAGAAGACGGUUGAUGGGUCGAUAAAGCUUCCGGAAAAUGAGUGACAUGUAAAAUCGAUGGAAAUUUUGGAAGUCUUUGGAAUUCAAUGAAAAUUUGCAAUAUCAUUAUGGUAUCUAAAAAGCUAUGGGGAAUUGUGCUUUUGGGCAACGUUUUAGACCAUGGCAUCAAUCAUUGUGUUGUUGAUGCAGUAGACUUUGUCUUCAGGUUUGAGAGAUUGGGCAAGUUCUUUGAUAGCUUGGAUAGUUCAAUUCGGCUGCUUCGGUUGAAGGGCUCUACGUCCACAUAUACAAACAUUCGCCCCAAAAUAGAAUAUUUGACAGAUAGGAGGUUCUCGUAUGCUCAUUUAGCCCAAUUGAAGUUUCUUUUACCCAAUGUGAUUGAGAUAAAGAAGGUUCUAAUUCAUGAUGAACAGACUAGUUGUAUGAAGCCAGAUCUCCAUGUUACACUAAAUGUUUAUGCAAUUAAGGAUGAGGAGCAGCUAAAACCAACGAGUUGGAAUUCACAGAUGAGGAAUGUCUUUCAUGCUAGGCUUUUGGACUUCUUUAAAGCCCAUCCUGAGGGAGAAGUGCCAGAAGCAGCACUACCAGAGCCAUUCAAUCAGUCAAAGCAAGAUGUGGCCUUAAAUUCAUCCUUUGGCGAGACAUCAACUGCUGUACUUGCAGAAUCGCAGCCUGCUAGAGCAUCCCAUCUAUCUCAGUCUUUCCGGAAGCACCUUUCAAUGCAAGUUUCACGCAAUAAAGUCAUUGAUUACCAAGAAAAAUCAAUUGUGUCUCCACAGCCUUUGGUUCUUCCUGUUUCAGAGCCACGUGUUGGAGAGAUCUCCUCUUAUGCGCUUCAUGAAUUUUCUUUACAACCACCAAGAAGUCAGGAAUCGCUAGCAUUUGCGGCUUCUGAAACUAGUGUGCAGCCAUAUCAUCCACCUACAACUCCAAGUACUGAGAUAGAUUCCACAAAAAAUGAAGUCUGUUCUUCUAUUGCGAAUGCUACCAUCUGUGAAAGUCCUUCAAAACUGGCCUCAUCUCCAGUAGAGCUGACGAAUGUCUCACCUGCAUUGCACCCAGAGAAGAGGGGUUACAUGUGCCCAAGUGAUGAUUCAACCAACUCACCCAGCAAAUUAGUUAGACUUACACAUCUCAGAAGAUCAUUGAAAUUUGACAAUCCUGUGAAAAGUGCUAAGGUAGAAGAUGAAGUCAAAAGUAUCGGAAGAUUAUCAGUUGAGAACGAUAUUUUCAAAAUCCUUCCUGAGAAUCUCCUUCAAUCGAUUAGAGAGAAAGAAAAGAAAGCAACAGAGGAGCAGGAUCCAGCCAUCUCACAAGCGAAGAAGCGGCAACAGAUGGUUGCCAGCUUACCCAAACUCUUCAAUGCGAUUCAUUUCUUAUUUCAGUCGAUGAAGCGUUCUGUUAUCACAAAAGAGGAGCUUAUGCACAGGAUAAUAGCCAAUCACCUAGAUGUUGUUGAUAGAAGAGAAGUUGAAGAAGAACUUGAACUGUUGCAAGAACUUGUUCCUGAGUCAAUUUACGUGAAGUCGGCAUCUAGUGGUGAUGUUCUCGUAUGCAUAAAUAUGAUAUCAAGUCCGGAGUUGAUGCAUGCAAAACUGGUGGAAAUAAAGUGAGAUAACAAAGGCAUGGAAAUUUAACAUCCUGAUGUUAUUGAAGAUGAUCUAUCCUCCUCCUAUAUAUAAAGAAGUUAAUCAAGGGAGCAGAUGUUGCACAUGAUGCCAUUGCACAUUUUGUCUAUUUGUAAAUAUAUUCUGUAAUUGGCUCGUCCCUUGUUCAUUUCAAGCCCCUUUGAUUAGAUUGAAUGUCUGAUGUAGUGUACUUUUUGUUAUGUCAUUGAUAGUUUUAAGCAAAAAUUAUCUGAGUAGUUCAGUCAGAUGUAACUAUCUUUCACACAGUCCCUUCUUAAAAUUGGGAGGUUUUUUUUUUAAACAGUUAUAAAGUUGUGAGUUUUUUU